CGGGAGAAGGACUGGUUUGGAAACGCGUGCUUGACUUUGCCUACUACAGCUGUGGAAAAUGAGCGGUGAACAGCCAGAGUAUGCACUCAUUGAAAGUGCAGCAAGAAACUUGCUGUCACUCAUAACGGCAACAGCUGGUCAGGAACAGGUUCAGGGUCAGAGCCAAUCCCGAGGUCUGACUCUAAAUCUGCCUGGCAGUCAAAAUCUGGGAUUGAGGCAGCAAAAUCCGGAAUUGAGGCCCAGCAUUCAUCAAGAGAUGACUAGGUCCUUUCCUUGUAUGUUUAGAAAAGAAAGAACCAGCGGCAAACACAGAUUUCCUACUCCAGUGACAAAAGCUGUUGUAGCCCCCACAAAGCAUACUAGUCUGCAGUUUUACUUACUCCCAGCACCAACAGAUAGGACCCCACAAGGAUCUCACAAACUUAAAUUGUUAAUGGCAGGGUUAGGUAAACGCCAUAUUUCUUUACCUGAUAACAGCAACCAUGCAGAGAUUACAGCAUCUCUGGCAGUUGAGUAUCCUAAAUUGGAGAACUUAAUGGGUGGAUGGCUUUUAUACAAGGCGUCAGGUGGAAGUGGCCAGAGGAAAUUGACAGUGAUCCCACCAGAAUCAGAGGGAUACACAGCAAAGCUACUAAAGAGCUCAUCUAAUAAUGGAAGGCAUAUGCUUUUCAUUGUUCCACUUCAGGAUGAAAUCGAUAUUUCACCACUUCCUUUUGAUGCCCCAGAGUUCAGCAAAAUGCCAAAAUCACAGUGCAAGACAUGUGGUGAAACUUUGCCAUUACAAGCUCUGGCUUUGCAUGUAGAGUCGUGUAGUAAGCCAGACAGUGACCAAGAGGCAGAAGAAGAAUCAAGUGAUUGCUUGGAAGCAAGUACUCAGAUUGUCUCUUCCCCUGAAACAUCUAUUAAAAGUGAUCCCACCAAUAAAGAAGACCAAUCCGCCACAAGUAAAAGGUGCCCAGUAUGCCAAGUCAUGUUCCCUCCUGAUUAUAUCGAGAUUCAUGCCAGUGCUUGUGGAGAAAGCCAGUGUCCUGUUUGGGAUUUGUCAGACAUUGAGACAGUGGAUGUUGACACCGCGGAAGAGGCUGGCCCAUCAGGCAUAGCUUCCCAGACUACAUCCAACCAAAAUCUACCAUCUACUUCGUCAGCAUCACUGUCUGAUUUUACUGAUGAAGCAAAGGAUUGGAAAACUGUACCAGGCCCCAUUAAGGCAGCUGAUUUGUACAGGCAAUCUGUAAUCCAAGUUCAUGCAUCUGAGAAACCUCUGUAUAUGCAUCUUGACCUUACAAGCAGCAUCUCCGACCAAGAAGGCUCUCUCAUUGCUUUUUACAAAGCAUGUCAUGCGAAAUGGGCAUGUCCUCUGAAAACCAGGCUUGAAGGGGAUCCUGCUGUUGGAGUGGGUGUAAACCGUUUUUUAUUUUCAAUGACUACACAGAAACUGAAAUGUGGUUUUCACCUUAACUUUGGAAAUGCUCAUAUUACAAGGAUUUUUGAUGGAGAGUCAGAUCAUCUCGUACCAUCUUCAUCUGCACAUCUAGUGGAUAGUGACCUGUUUCUGAUGGCUGGUAGAAUGAUCGGUCACUGCUUUCUUCAUGGAGGGCCACCCUUGUCAGGACUUAGCCCUGCUGUUGUCCAUGUCAUUUCUGGCGGCAGUGCUGAAACAGCUGUUGUACAGAUUUCAGACUGUCCAGAUUUUGAUUUGCGUCAGAAAAUUAUGCUGCUUGAAGGACAAUCUGAACUAACACCUGACGAGCAGGAGAGCAUUAAUGAUUUGUGCUUUUCGUGGGACCUUCCUCCAGUGAACAAUGCUAAUCGACGAUGGCUUUAUGAGAGGCUUCUACAUCAUGCGGUUAUCGGACGAACUAUGAGGCAAAUCAAGCAACUUCGAAAAGGACUUAAGGAGACCAUGCUGUGGCCACUACUUUGUCAGCGUCCGGAUGUGCUUUCAGUCAUUUUCCCACGAGAGAAAAAUGAUGUGUUGACCCCAGUGCCUCCAGUCAUGAGCUGAAGGCCCUCGUUAAGUUCUGGGUCGGUUGGGAGGUUCCCACUGCUUCCCUCAAACUGGAAGUAACCAACUGUAACCUACCUAAGGCAUCCACAUGCUUUGAGACCCUACGGCUUCCAUCACGGUAUCUUGAUUACCCAGCAUUCAAGAAAGAAUUACUUGCCUGCAUCAGUACUGUGGAUACAGGAUUUGUGUAAUUAGGAUUUGUGUAGCUGGUGUAAUUACUGUUCUUUAACAGUACUAGGCCUAUUUCUUGUUUUAUGAAUCAGAAUUAAUGGAUAUAGAUAUCUAAUCCUUGUUCAUGGAUAGUGAGGUGGAAUUGUUUAUAUAAUUUCAAAUUUUUUUUUUACUUGAUUUAUUUGAAAAAAUAAAAGCACUACAGAGGUUGAAAAGAAUAACCUAACUGUUCUUCACUGUCUAUGCAGUGAUAUGUGCUAUACAACCUGUUCAUAUAAUGUAACUGUAGCUUUUGUAUUUUUACAUACAGUCAGUCUUUUCAUUUUGUUUACUGAAAGUUCAACAUGGACAAAAAGUUGAAAAGA